AUGACCGGCUAUCGAGUUCGCUCAGAAAUGACAGAAGACACGCUCGGGGAUACAUAUGCUGUUGCGGGCAGCGACAAGGGCAUUGUCCCGUCGGGGUUGAGCGCUGUUGGACUGCCAUCGAGCGGGGAUCUUCCCAUUCGAACCCUGAGAAUUGAGACUGGGGAUUUGUAUACUGAAACUGAUGCACCGACGGAUCUGGGGUACUAUACGCAUUCAUAUACAGAUGACACCCUUCACUUUGUUGUCGGGCAGGAUGAUCCAGAUAUCGCAUAUACUUUCGAAUUUGGGAUCUGA